CACCGUAGCGAUCGAUUCGAUUCGAUUCAGCUCCCCACGCCGGUUGCCUCCUUACCUCUCCUGACAUUCUCCGGUCGCGAUUAUGUCAGGUUUUGGUUUUGCAUGGUCGUCGAUCCCACCCGCAGCAUCCUGAAGCUUCAUUCAAUUACCACACCCAGAUCUCAUUAAUUGUGGAGGAAUUAGUUCUGAUCCUUUUUUCUUUCUUUGUAACUGCGGAUCGGGGGCGCCGGGGUGGAGGAAAAAAAAAAACAGUGGUAGUAACAAUAAUAAUAAUAAUGUCGAAUUAUGUAGAUUUCAAUCAGAAGAUAGAUUAUGUGUUCAAGGUGGUGUUGAUUGGGGAUUCGGCAGUAGGGAAAUCACAGCUCCUGGCACGUUUCGCCAGGAACGAAUUCAGCAUCGAUUCUAAGGCCACCAUUGGUGUGGAGUUUCAAACCAAGACCCUUAGCAUUGAUAACAAGACCGUCAAAGCCCAGAUUUGGGACACCGCUGGCCAAGAGAGGUACAGGGCAGUAACGAGCGCAUACUACAGGGGAGCAGUGGGUGCGAUGUUGGUCUACGACAUGACGAAACGGCAGUCGUUCGACCACAUGGCGCGGUGGUUGGAGGAACUCCGGGGACACGCCGACAAGAACAUCGUGAUAAUGCUCAUCGGGAACAAGUGCGACUUAGGGAGCCUCCGGGCGGUGCCGCAGGAGGAUGCCCAGGAGUUCGCGCAGAGGGAGAACCUCUUCUUCAUGGAGACGUCGGCGCUGGAGUCCACCAACGUCGAGACCGCCUUCUUGACCGUCUUGACCGAGAUUUAUCGGAUCAUCAGCAAGAAAACUUUGACCGCCAACGAUGAUUUGGAUCCAAACUCUGGGCUGUUGAAAGGGACCAGGAUUAUUGUCCCCGGUCAGGAUCCCGAUGCCGGCAAGCGAGGCGGCUGUUGUGGCUAGCUAGUUAGUUCCCGCCACACCUCGCCAAUUUGAUAUGUUGUCGGUUUCUUUCUCUCUCUUUUUUUUUUUGGUAGUAUUCUUGUUCUUUUUUCUGGGUAGGAAAUUAAGGAUACAAUUGACUUUUAUCAAAUUUCAUAAUCUUGAAGGAGCAUAUAGUAAUGAAUUUACUAGUGUUAA